AUGACCUUGCCACCCCCUUCAUACAACGACAACCCAAAGUCGUUUGCGUACCCAACAGUGCACAAGCGUUGGCCAGCAAUUCUCACCUCAGCCAUUGAGGAUGUGUCAGAUUACAGUAAGCGGAACCCAGGCACAGAGCAGUGUGCUGAAUAUGUGACAGAAAAGCUCCAAGGGCUCUUGAAGGAGUUUAAGCAGGAUAAGCAGGUGAGAGCGUUUACAAAAGAGGAAAUCGCCAUCAAACCGGAGCUUGAAGAGUACAACGAGGAGUUGGAGAAGUUCAACAAACAGAAAGUUGUCACUUGGCUCACGGGGCCCUGGCUCUACUUGGAGUGUUAUUUCUACCAAUUGAUUGAUGUGUGGUUUAAGCAGACGAAAAAGCUUAAGGAUUUUGAUGUUUUUGAGGCAGGGAAGACCAAAGCUUUUAAACAGAGCGGCGCUGGGGUGGUGGAGCUCUGCCACCGCUUCAAGCUUCUCUCGGAGCAAUUGGCCCAAAAAUCAACAGACAGUACCACAUUGAAGUUGCUUUUCACUGAGUUCAUUGACAUUUCUCUCUGGGGCAACGCCACCGAUUUGUCGUUGCUCGCAGGCACUACUACUUUGGAGGAUAUAAAGAGUCUCCAGGGCGCUGAGGUGAGAAAAAAGAACGAGGAGAAAAUUCUCGUCAACGAUACAGAAAAGGCGUGGGAACAUUUGAUGGGCACCGCGCGUGAUAGGGUUGAUAUAGUGUUGGAUAACUCUGGAUUCGAGCUCUUUGCGGAUCUUUGUUUGUCGUUGUUUCUUCUCGAUGCCAAGGUGGUCAACAGAGUGGUGCUUCACUGUAAACGAAUUCCUUGGUUUGUGAGUGACACUAUGCCCAAGGAUUUUGAUCUUUUGCUUGCCCAGCUUGGCGACGAGCACUUCUUCGACGAUGCUAGCGGAGAUUCGUCUGGUAGCGAAGCCAUUGGGUACUUACUCAAGAAGGUGAAGCAGUACCAUCAAAACGGUACGAUCUCUACUCAGUCACAUCCAUUUUGGACAUCUUAUGCCAACUACUGGGAUAUUCCAAAGGUCAAGGAUCUCUAUGAGGAAUUAGGCAAAUCUAACCUAAUCAUCUUCAAGGGUGACUUGAACUAUCGUAAGUUGACUGGAGACUUGAACUGGGACACCACCACUCCGUUCACCGAGGCCAUCCAAGAUUUGGCUUCCUCUAGGCUUCCGGUUUUGUCGUUGCGUACAUGCAAGGCAGACGUUGUUGUUGGCUUGCCCAAGGGUGUCAACGAGAAGCUCAUUGAGGAGUAUAAGAAGAUGGGCAACGAGGUUGGAGAGUUCUGGACCGCUUCCGGGAAGUGGGCCGUGAUCAGUUUCUCCAGAGGCUGA